AUGAUCUGGAGGGUGAGAUGCUACAGCCUUCAGAACUGGAGGAUGCUGCCUGAGGGUAAUUUCUCCACCAUACCGCAAAUAAUUGAACAUGGCCCUAUUGCUUAUUAUCUCCGUGUGCUCAUUUGCGCGCUCGCCGCCCGUCGGCCUCAUCUGCCUCGACCCUCUCCGUCCUCAUCACGGUUUCCCUCAAGGUCGACUCUACCUCACCACCGCCGGCAGGUCACGCUCCCUCGUGUACGUGAACACGCAGCGCCGCCUGUUUUCUCCGUCCGCCUCCGGCAGUACCUGUUCCCCGUCUACGCCAUCAGAUCGAGGCACGGCCGCUUCUACUUCAACUUGUUGCGCGCCAGUUCUCAUUCAGCAUCCAGCACCCAGCUCAUCUGGUUCGAUCUAUGUUUGCAUCGUGAGGGACCCAACCGUCAGUGUCUACCAGCCCAGCAAAGCAGCUUCUGCCUCUUUAGCAUCCAGUCAGCGUUCGGGCCCGCGCAUCAGCCUCUCAUGCUCGCUUCCUUCUGGCAUUUGCUUCUUCCCGGAUAGGAUCAC